CAGAUAUUUUUAGCUGCAGGUCUCUGCAGGGUGGGGCACUUAUUUGAGGCAGGUUUGGUGCCCCUUCCCCACUGACCCUACAUUCCAGGCUGCUGCCGCUGCCUGUCACUUCAGGAUGAAAGGGGAGACCCCUGUGAACAGCACUAUGAGUAUUGGCCAAGCUCGCAAGAUGGUGGAACAGCUCAAGAUUGAGGCCAGCUUGUGCCGGAUAAAGGUGUCCAAGGCAGCAGCAGACCUGAUGACUUACUGUGACGCCCACGCUUGUGAGGAUCCCCUCAUCACUCCUGUGCCCACUUCGGAAAACCCCUUCCGGGAGAAGAAGUUCUUCUGUGCCCUCCUCUGAAGAGUUCUGUUUCUCCUCUGAACCUACCUCCCCCUCGGAGACCCGCCCUUAGAUAGGAAAUUGCAGCAGCCAGUUUCUACCGUACCUGUCAUGAGAUUAGCUCAAGCACAAGCCCUCCUUAACCAUGUCUACCCCAUCUCCUCACCCUUUGAGGCAAGCACCUUUUACUCCAUCCAGAGGGACCCCACUAACGUGCCAGAAUCCUGCCUGAUUCCUUCUGUGAUCCGUUCAGGCAAUGGAGAGGGGGAUGCCCGGGUGCUUGUUCUCAGUCUCACCUGGAGCUAUUGGAAAGGUAAAGGCAUUUGAAGAAUAAAGUCAUCCAGAGCCUCA